AUGCUUACUGAACCAUCAAAACACGCAUGGACAUCUUUAGGUAUUGGUGGCACAAUAUCGAACAUUUCCGAUAGUUUUGGCUAUCACACAACGACAACUCCCUCAUCUACAUCGUCAUCAACUUCAUCAACAAAUGCUGGUGGUGGUAAUGGUUCGAGACUUAAACAUGAGUAUGAAAAUGGAUCAGGACGUGGAAAUACCGCAAAUGAUUCUAGUUCAAAUACAGGUCAACAACAACAACAACAACAACAACAGUCAUCUUCGUGGUCAUCAUUGGUUAAAUCUGAAUCACCACAUGGAUUGAGAGAUCCUUAUUCAACAUUUGCAAGUCAAUCAUUUUUCCCUCAUAAUGCACAUCGAUUUGGUAGUGGAGCAGCUGGUAUAUAUUUUCAUCAAAAACAAGAGAUUUCGAAAUUUAAUUUAUUAUAUUUUUUUCUGUUAGGUACAGGACAAAUACAACUAUGGCAAUUUUUACUUGAACUAUUAGCUGAUGCAAGUGCAAAUUCCAAUGUCAUUGCAUGGGAAGGUUCUAAUGGUGAAUUUAAAUUAAUUGAUCCAGAUGAAGUUGCACGUCGUUGGGGUGAACGUAAAUCUAAACCAAAUAUGAAUUAUGAUAAAUUGUCUCGUGCAUUACGUUAUUAUUAUGAUAAAAAUAUAAUGACAAAAGUUCAUGGUAAACGUUAUGCAUAUAAAUUUGAUUUUAAUGGUUUACAUCAAUUAAAUCAACCACAAUUAUCAGAAUCACCAUAUACAAAAUAUCAACAAGAAAUGAUGCGUUCAUCACAUGCACAUGCUGCUUAUUUUAAAUGGAGUGCCUUAAGUUCAGCAGCAGCAACAACAUCAGCUGUUCAUAUGCCACAUCAUCAUCAUCCAACAACAGCGGUUGCUGCUGCAUCAACAGCUUAUACAAAUUAUUGGAAUCAUCCAAGUACAUAUGACUAUGCAGCUAAUUUUCCUACGCCUAAUCCAUAUCUUUCAUCAUCUUAUUGGGUUAGUCCAACAGCAAGUACAACAUCAACUGGAACAGGAGGACUAUCAGCCACAAGCACAUCUACUGCAAUCUCACCAUCAUUACCUUAUUAA